CCCACCUCCUUAUCAACCUCAUUAAUAACUCCUCCUUCUCCUUCCUCUUCUCCCAAUUAAUUUCAAUCUCCAUUCUCCAUUGCCGACAGUUGAAGGAAGGAAGGAAGUAAGGCAAGAGUGUAUUGUCAAAUAUAUAAACCAUGGCGCCGCCGAACUUAAUGGAACAAAAUUGUAACAACUACGACGACUUCCUGUCGCGGCCAUGCACGUGGGUGAACGGCCCGAUCAUCGUCGGCGCAGGUCCCUCAGGCCUCGCCGUGGCCUCCGGCCUGCGCCGGCAAGGGGUGCCCUUUGUCGUCCUCGAGCGAACCGACUGCAUUGCGUCGCUCUGGCGGCGUCGCUCCUACGACCGCCUCAAGCUCCACCUUCCCAAGCAGUUCUGCCAGCUCCCCGGCCUCCCCUUCCCCGACCACUUCCCGGAGUACCCUUCCAAGGACCAGUUCGUCGACUAUUUGGAGUCCUACGCCGCCCGCUUCGCCAUCACCCCUCGCUUCGAUCACUCGGUGCACUCCGCCAAGUACGACGACACCAUCGGGGUGUGGCGGGUCACCGCCGUUGUCGCCGGUGCCGAGGUGGCGGAGUACAUCGGGCGGUGGUUGGUGGUGGCCACCGGCGAGAACUCGGAGAAGGUGGUUCCCGAGCUGGAGGGACUACUUGACGAGUUCGCCGGCGACGUGAUCCACGUCUGCGACUACAAGUCUGGCGAGCGGUACCGUGGCAAACGCGUGCUCGUCGUCGGCUGUGGAAACUCCGGCAUGGAGAUCUCCCUCGACCUCUGCGACCACAAUGCCUCGCCGUCCAUGGUGGUGCGAGACUCGGUUCACGUGCUUCCGCGGGAGGUGAUGGGGAAAUCGACGUUCGCGCUAGCCGUUCUGCUGCUGAAGUGGCUGCCGCUGUGGGCGGUGGAUAAAAUUCUGCUGCUGUUGGCAUGGGCGGUGCUAGGAAACGUCGCCAAAUUUGGAUUGAAACGACCUUCCGCCGGGCCUUUCGAGCUCAAGAACAAACAGGGGAGGACGCCGGUGUUGGACACCGGCGCGCUAGCCAAAAUUAAGUCCGGCGAGAUCAAGGUGGUCUCCGGAAUCAAGAGCUUCUCGCCUGGAAAAGUGGAGCUCGUCGACGGCCAAAUUCUCGACGUAGAUUCCGUGAUCUUAGCCACAGGAUAUCGCAGCAACGUCCCACAGUGGCUUCAGGGAUGUGAUUUAUUCAGCAAGGAUGGGAUGCCAAAGAGUCCUUUCCCCGACGGAUGGAAGGGCAACUGUGGGGUGUACGCAGUCGGGUUCACAAGGAGAGGACUCUCCGGUGCUUCUUCAGAUGCAGUGAGGAUCGCCAACGACAUCGGCAUGCAAUGGCAAGAAGAGACAAACCUGGCAAAGAGGAGAUGAUGGCACACCUGCAUCUUCCUCGCCCCACGGACACAGACAGGUCGUAGAUAGAUGGAGGCCAAGUUUUGAAGCACGGGUAGAUGUGCGUAUCCUCUGUAGAUAAAACAGUUAGUGAGGACCCUGUUUCCACUUUCCAUCCCACUUUCCAUCCACUGUAGAUAAAUGAAUUAUGAUUCAAAAAGAAAAAAAAAAAAGAUAUCAAUAAUCUGUAAGAUUAAGUUGAAUCAGGUUCAUCUCUAUUCUCAU